ACCCGGGCGCCCCCUGCUGACCAAUGACUAUCGGGAUAUUUUAACGGGCGCUAGAGGGCGUCCGAUUUCCAAGAUGGUUCCCUAGCAACGGUGACGCGAUCUUCCUAAACACAGCAGAGGACACGCUGAGCACUUCACUCGAGCCGAACCAUUGUGAAUUUUGAAAAGAAAAGAAACAGAAGAGAAAUCAUGACACAGAGUGAAAAGCAGAGAUACAACAGUGGUGAUGAAGAAAUUAUCAAGGAGCUGUGCGCAGCCAACGGAGUGUCCUAUGAGAAGGUGAUGCAGGACAGAAGUGCCCUAUCCUGUGUGGAGAUGUUUUUCUCAGGGUUCCCCCGCAUGGUGGGUCUUUCCCUCUUCCCCCACUUGACUCAACUCAUUGUGGUGGACCAGAGCGUGGACUGCAUCCAGGGGCUGGAGUCCUGUCCCCUGCUUCAGGAGCUCUGGGUAGUGGAAUGCCAGCUGACAGAAAUCUGUGGCCUCCAGCCUUGUGUCCAGCUGCAGAAGCUGUACCUUUAUGAUAACAAUAUCAGCAGGAUUGAGAACCUGGAGGUACUGGAAAACUUAGAGGUUUUGUGGCUCAACAACAAUCACAUUUCUGUCAUUGAGGGUCUGAGUUCCCUGCAGAGACUGAAAGAGUUGAACCUUGCUGUCAACGCUAUUGAAACUGUUGGGCACAGUCUUGAUCCUAACACAAAUCUUCAAAACCUGAAUCUGUCGGGAAAUAAAAUCAGCUCUUUUAAGGAGGUGACCUACCUGGUCAGUUUGCCUGACCUGAAGGAGCUUUCGUUGAAAGACCCCCAGUCCCCCCCCAACCCUGUGUGUAUGCUGUGCAACUAUGCCACUCAUGUUCUCUACCACCUGCCUAACCUUCAGAGGCUGGACACCUAUGACGUCUCAAGCAGGCUCAUCAAGGACACAGUGGAGUCAACUGUGAUGAAGAAGAUGAUGUACUACAACAUGCGGGUGAGGCUGGCCCAUCGACAGUUGGCGGAGACGCAGGCCCAGCUGCUAGAGCACAAGAAGAAGCUACAAAAGCUUCCACAGGAAUAUAUCAGAGCCCUCAGCUGCACGCUCAAGCACCUGGAGUAUGAGCUGGCAGAGGUGCAGGCAUCGCCCAAGAAAGUGGCCCCGUGGUGGGAGGAAAGCCCGUCCCCAUCGGCCGAGGGCUCGGGCGACUGCUUCGACACAUCUGUCGGUAUGGACCCGGAUCCUGGCAGAGAGCACAAACUACGGUUGAAGGCGGAGGCCGUGAAGAGCAGGCUGAGACUGUGGAUGUGGCGUUUGGAAGAGUUGGAGACCUACUAUCACCAGGCGCUUGACCUGGCCACCAAGAGGAAGGAACUGAUGGUGCACUUUUUGGUGACGGAGCUGGAGACAGUGGGGAAUAUUCGCUUUGAAGAAGGCUGCUCUGCCGACCCCUGGUUCACCUCCUGCUGUGACCUCAUCCAGUCGAGGUUCUGCACCCGCGACUACAAAGUGCACGGAAUCGCCGGGGUCCAGGUCACCCGCAUCAUCCGGGUGCACAACCGCGCCCUUCGGCUGCGCUUUGAGGAAAAGCUGCACACCUUGCUUAAUAGCGUGGAGUUCUCCCUUUCCCAGAACUACAAGCGCUGGCUGGAGUACCUAUUCUAUGUGCCAGACCCAGAGCACUCCAGUGGGGGGAACGAAUUCCUGCAGGUUCCUGUGGAAGGCUUUCAGCCGGCAUCUGCGUAUAAGGCUCUGGGGAGAGUGGGGGCCGUGGAACUGUCCAACAGCCUGAGUGUGAGCGACAAGCACGUGCUAGAGAACAUGCAGAACCAAGCGAAAGCCGAAGGAAUAAAGAGUAUAAAUCCCACAUCUCCUCUACACAGCCAGGUUAUCGUGGCCAAGGUGUUCCUGGGCGUAAGCCUUCCAGCGCAGGAGGGGAUGGAGAUAGAACCUGAGAACUACCUCAAGGCCCAUUCUGUGUACCGCAGUGUUACGACAGAAUCCUGCAUCGGCAUAGAAUGCUCCCGCUCCUCUAACCUCCAGAGCAAUUGCGAGUGCGGCCUCCGCCAGAGACAGUGGUUUGUGUUCGACCGUGACCUCGUCCUUCCGGAGUAUUUGGUGGACUUGGAGUACAUCAUGCAGGAUCGAGGCCACACUUUGCCCAACGAGGACCUCCCCCAGUUCACGUAUGACAUUAGCCGGGAUGAGGAAGUUCUUAACAUGGAGCCUGCAGUCAAGCCACGGCCCAAAAUGCUGAGCUUGGAUGAAAAGACCGUUCUGUCUGUGGCCCGGGCCAACGUACUGAGCCAGAUCACUGUCCUGAACCUUCAUGACAACAGCCUGAGCAAGCUGAAGGAGAUCUCAUGCUUGACAGCCCUUCGGCGCUUGACCAUCAGCUUCAAUGACUUCACGCACUUGGACGACAUCUCACAUAUGCCCAGUCUAGAAUUUGUGGAUGCCGGCUAUAAUCGGAUCUGCACCCUGGAGGGGCUUCGCGGCAUGGUCCGGCUGCAGCACUUGGACCUUCGUUGGAACCAGCUGAGCCGUGCCCGCGAGGAAGCAACGCUCCUGCGCAAACAUGCCCCCUCCCUGCUCCGCCUGGACCUCCGCUACAACCCCUGGCACAGACCCAGAGAGGUGCGGAGCACGGUACUGGGGCGUCUGAGGACCCUCACUCACCUGGAUGAGCAGCUGGUGACUGAGGAGGAGACCACCAUAGCUGUGCAGAUUGCAACAGGCUCCAGGAUCAACCAGGCCUCCGUCCUGGCUCACUCUCGGACCGAUAGCGAGAAACCGCGCAGCCUCAGCCUUCUCCCUGUAGCACAGCUUCUGACACAGUCCAGGCCAAACCCCUGGGAUCUUAGUACUGGACCAGAACCCGGCUGGACUUCAAAGAUAACUGCCCUCAACCUGGACAACCAACGCCUCUCUAGGCUGGUCAGCCUAGGUCAUCUGGCCAACCUGCGUUGGGCUUCCUUCAAUAACAACGAAAUAAGCAAAGUGGAGGGUCUGGAAGCCUGCCAGUACCUGGAGGAACUGUCCCUGAAUAACAACUCUAUCUCUAAGCUGGAAGGCGUGUCGAAGCUCCAUCGUCUGAUAAGGCUGAGCUUGAAUGGCAACCAGCUGACCAGCCUGGAUGGGGCUAUACUGGAAAAUCUGCCCAACCUGCACUUCCUCUCUGCGGAGAACAACUGCAUCAGCUCCCUGCACGGCAUCCAGUGUGCUCGCUCACUUUUUGAGCUCUACGUGGGCAACAACUGUAUCGGUGCAACUCGAGACAUCUACCACCUGAAGGCCCUGGCAAACCUGAUUAUUCUAGAUCUAUAUGGGAAUCCACUGGUUUCCAAACAAGAGAACUACAGGAUUUACGUGGUGUUCCACUUGCCUUCCCUCAAGGCGUUGGAUGGAGUGGCAGUGGAGACGUCGGAGCGCGAAAACGCCAGGGACGUAUUUGGCGGACGCCUGACACCGGAUGUGGUAGCAGAGAAGCUGGGACACUCCAACUACUCGGACAUCACCGAGCUGGACCUUCAGUCCUCCUCUAUCAGGAUGGUGGACCUGGCUCCAGUUGACCUGUUCAACCAUCUAUACACAAUCAACCUGGAGCACAAUAAUCUCACCUCCUUCAGCGGUCUCAUCUACCUGGCCAACGUCAAGGUUUUGUAUUUGAACCACAACCACAUCGAGUCUAUCUUGCCCAGGAAUAAGGCUCCGACUCACCAGACGGGCCGGCAGGCACUCUACCACAAAGUCACCUCCAGCGGCUAUGGGCAGCAGGGGCCAAAUGCGGCCAACAGGGAGCCUGGAUCUGGCACCCUGGAGCCACUCAUGGAGAGCUUGGAGGUGCUGCAUCUGGGCUACAACGGCAUCUCCGGCCUGGCUGAUCUGCAGCUGAGCAGGUUCCCCAACCUGACAGCCCUCUUCCUCCAAGGCAACGAUAUCCGCCAGGUGGAGGGCCUGGAGGGCCUGCAGCAGCUCCAGGAGCUGGUCCUCGACCACAACCGCAUCAAGGCCCUGAGCGAGGGCUCCUUCUGCAGCCAGGCCGCCCUCCUGGAGCUGCGUCUCGCAGAGAACCGGCUGCGCGAGCUCAACCACCUGCAGCCGCUCGUCCAGCUGCGCAGGCUCUUCCUGGACCUGAACAAGCUCCAGGACCUGUCCGAGAUUGACAAGCUGGAGGAGCUGCCUUCUCUGGUCGAGCUGUCUGUGAUGGGGAACCCAGUGGCGAGGCGGUCCCUGCACCGGCCUGCCGUGGUGCUGCGUCUGACCGGGCUUCAGGUGCUGGAUGGUCUGCCGGUCACCAUGGAGGAGCGGACCCAGGCUGAGCUGCAGUGCAUUGAGGCGCAAUGCAGCAUCGCCAGCACCGCCACCUUCGACCUGAGCGUCCCCGGUCUCCUGCCGCUCUUGUCCCGGCCUAUGCCCCCGCGGGGCGCCGGUCUGGCCUUGGGCCUCCAGCACAUUCUGACCUCUGACAUCCUGUUGCCCUGCCACCUGGAUGAGACGCACGACACCAAAUACAGGAAGCAGAGGCACAGCGGUGGGAUGGCGCACUGCCACACCCGCAAUCUGCAGGCUGAGUUGGCCUACCGCAAGGCCAGAGGGACAGGGGGCGUCGUGUCCACCACUGCCUUUCUCUCCAACGGACAACGGGUCCUCCUGUCCUACCCCACUCACCAGGAGCACGACGGCAGGUUUCAGAGUCAGAGUGCUCCCAAGCCUCCUCACAUGUAGCAUCGCUACGGUGCGGGUGGAACCGAAGGAGGGGCGAUAAAACGGUGAAACAAGAACCCGUGCCCUGCUUCGCUGCGGAGCCAAUGCAACUUCAGCGGUGGACAACAUUCAGACCAUCCGUUAGAAAAAAAACUUGAUUUCUUUUUGUGAUAUUCCACCCUGCGCGAGUACAAUCAGCUCCUACGCUAAAAAAGACAUUACCAAAACAAGGAAGGGUUCAGCACGGCGGCGAAUCGCUUCGAGACCCAGGCUGCUCCGUAGAGACAAUGGACACAGCCUCAGUUUGUACAGAGGAACGUAGCGAUGAUGUGAUGACUGGAAAAUGGGCCGCGUGGCCGCAGAUGUCGGCCGGUUUGUGCCGCUGGGUCAGAAGGAGCCUCUGACGGCGGACAGCCCCGCUUCAGAGCACCUGUCCGAGGACCGUAAUCGACUCGACGUUCACAGGGGGGCAGGCGGCUCUGCCGGAAUCCGAAAGGUUCGCCAUGACCAUCCUGUGAUCAUUUGUCAUUUAUUUUGUGUUUUGCACUACGCUAACCGGGUUGUAUUACAUUAAAUACGCAUCGUACUAACCGCUUCGUGUCGUGCUUAGUCGACUCGGUUGUGCACCGCAUGCCCUGUUUCGGGCGGUUGAAGGCUGACGGUGCACCAGUGUUUUAUUUCUGAGGAGCUGACGGUUCCCUGAAGCCCUUCGGCUGCGCCUGUGGGAUGCAGAAGGACCUUAUGCGCUGCUUCCGAACUUGCAGACGAGGGGAUGCGGACAGAGGACCGCAGCAGGCCGCAGCGUGGGCAACAGCAAUGGAACGGAGGACCAACGCACGUGUCCGUGACGGGAUGCGCUCUGACUAGUUAUGCUAGAAGGAAUCAUUGUCGGAGUUGAAAAUGCCCCGUUGAGAGAUUUUAUUACCUUAUUUGAUAAUAUAUAUGCUUUUGUUGGCCUGUGUUGCAUGGUGACUGCAUGCAUCACUCUGUCCUGGCAUCUCUCUUUUGUUGAGUGUCUCGCAAUGGGUAUUGGAAGCACUCCCGGGAUGAGCGUAAGACUGAAACUUUUUUUUUUUUCCAUAACUUCUGACCACUAAUGCCAGAUUAGUAUUCAUUUUUCGUUACGGUGGAGACAAACUCAUGUGAAUUGUCCUGAUUAAAUGUAAUAUAAUGUAUGUGCCUUGGUAGGAAAGUGAGCAACCACUAGUAUUUAGUAAAGGCCUUCUUUUAGACCUGAAAAAAUUUUUUUUUUUUUUUUUUUUUUUUGACAGAAUCAUCUUUUUAAGUUCGUGUCUUCAUUUGCAUUUUGAAUUUCCUGUGUCCUUGCUAAGAUUUUCUCAAGCGCUUGUGUUGUUUUAUCUUGUAACUUCAAAUGUGUAUUUGCUCAUUCUUUAACCUUGCGCGGAGGGGGCACGGUGGCGCGGUGACGCAGUGGGUUGGACC